AUGAAGGUUUUCUUUUUGCUGCUCCUCAUUUUACAAACUUUUUCGCAAGAAGAAAAACCCGUAUUGGUCAUCUUACAGUUCAUGAACCAGGAGAAGUCGUUCAGUAAAUUCAUUAACCAAGUCAAGUCACUCGGAAAACGCGUUGAGGUUGUCGAUAUGGACACUAAUGUACAAUUUGAGUCGUAUGACGAAUUUAAUUAUGACAGCGUUUAUAUAUUAGCGCCAAAAUACACGUUCAAAAGCAUCACAGCACACCAGCUGAAAAGAUACGUCGGAGCGGGCGGGAAUGUCUUUUUCGCGAUAUCACAGGUGUACACCUCAUCCGUCAAGUCAUUCCUCUCAACGUUCAAAGUCACACCCGAAGACGCAACUCAAGGCGAUUUCACUACAAUUAAAAACGCGUUGUUCAAAGAGACCACCGUUGCGUUUAAAGGCGUUUCUUUGGAGAUUCCAAAGACUCCAGCUUUUGUCUCGCUUCUCUCAGAGAACACUCUUAAUAGCAAAUACUCAAAUAAGCAGCACUCCCUUGUGUUCACGUUCCAAUCACUUGCGAAUGGCCGUCUUGUUAUCUCUGGUAGCGUCGAGUUGUUCAGUGAUGUCAACUUUAAUAACAACAGCGAUUUUGUUAUUCCGCUUAUCCAAUGGGCUAUGCAAGAGCACGGAAAACUCAUUUUGAAGAACGUUCAAAUCACCAAAAUUGCAGGAGCGCCAGACGUCGAGAAUGAAGGGAUGUUCUUUAUCAACGACACCGUCAGUGUCUCUUUCGAUAUUUCACAGAAGGUGGGUGGUGUGCUGACCGAGUACAAUGCAGAUGAUGUGAUGGUCGAGUAUAGAUUUGUGACUCCAGUCAUUAGCAACUACGCUCAAAACCUGAAGAAUGGGAGUUACGUAUUCACCACGGUGUUACCAGACAGAUUUGGAGUGUACACAAUUCUUAUCAAUUACACCAAACCACUUUUGUCAAGACUCGAGUUCAACAAGGUGACCCCAAUCCGUCCUUUCAGACACGACCACGUUGAAAGAUUCCAGACGCAGUGCAUGCCCUUCUACCUUGCUUACUUCUCUAUGUCCGUGUCUACUGUCAUCUUUGUCUUCUUUUACUUGAAUUACAAAGAGAAUCCCAAGAGAGACUAA